AUAUUAUAUCUAAUCACAGAUAUGGCAUAACAGAGGUCCUGACUCUUGUUUCCCCCACUAAAUAUGUUUCUAAAGCUUGUCAUCUGGCUUCUCCCCCUAAGAUUUGCAGUCUCGAGCGAAGAUGGCUUCACCUUCAGCGGAUUCAUCGGUGCAAACCUUAGUCGGGACGGCGCCGCAGUGGUGACCCCCGAGGGACUCCUGAGACUGACCAAUACCACAGACCAAACCAAGGGCCAUGCCUUCUACCCUGUUCCCCUCCACUUCCGGCCAUCUCCGACCGCUAAUGUCCUCACCUUCUCCACCACCUUUGUCUUUGGUAUAGUCACCGAAUACAAUGGGUUCAGUAGCCAUGGCUUUGCCUUCUUCAUCUCCCCAUCCAAUGACCUGUCCACAGCUCUGGGAGUUCAGUAUCUGGGCCUCUUUAACUCGAGCAGCAAUGGCGAUCCAUCUAACCAUAUCAUUGCAGUCGAAUUCGACACAAUACUCAACCCUGAAUUCGAAGACAUCAAUGACAACCAUGUCGGUAUCGAUGUCAAUAGCUUGAUAUCCAACAAAUCCUCCACAGCAGGCUAUUUUAGCGACCAGGGCAAUGAAUUGAAGAACCUCAGCCUCGUCAGUGGCGAACCCAUGCAAGUCUGGGUAGAGUACGAUGGCAUCAAAAUGCAAUUUAGCGUUACGUUGUCUCCUAUGGGAACAUCCAAACCCAAUCAUCCUCUCCUGUCUUCUACCAUCAAUCUUUCGAGCAUCAUGUUCGACGCCAUGUAUGUGGGCUUCAGUGGGUCUCAAGGUCUCAGUAGAUCAUCCCAUUAUAUUCUAGGUUGGAGUAUGAAGAUUGAUGGAAGAGCCAAUGACCUCAACCUCUCAAGUCUACCUUCACUUCCUCGACGGAACAACCUCGAGAAGGGAGCAAACCAUUUGAGAGCUUGGUUGCCAUCUUCGUUAUCUGUGAUUGUAUUGAUGGCUGUCGCUCUUGCAACUUUCAUGGUAAUAAGGAAGAGGAAGUUUGCAGAGUUGGUCGAAGAUUGGGAGGUUCAAUAUGGGCCACACCGGUUCUCGUACAAGGACUUGUACAUGGCGACCAAGGGAUUCGCAGACAAAGAACUUCUUGGCUCCGGAGGCUUCGGCCGAGUCUACAGGGGAACCUUGCGCACUUCCAACAUGGAAGUUGCUGUCAAAAGAGUUUCCCAUGAGUCUAGACAGGGAAUGAGGGAGUUCAUAGCCGAGAUUGUGAGCAUGGGCCAACUCCGGCAUCGAAAUCUGGUGCAACUUCUAGGAUAUUGCCGCCAGCGAAACGGCGAGCUUCUUCUGGUCUACGAGUUCAUGCCUAAUGGCAGCCUCGACAAGCUCCUCUUCGGCAUGGAUGGGUUCAUCCUUGACUGGCGACAGAGGCUUCGAAUCAUCAAAGGUGUGGCCUCGGGCCUCCUAUACCUGCAUCAAGGCUGGGAGAAGGUAGUGAUUCACAGAGAUAUCAAGGCCAGCAAUGUGCUGCUAGACAGUGAGAUGAAUGGAAGGCUCGGUGACUUCGGCCUGGCCAGAUUAUAUGAUCAUGGGACAGAUCCUCAUACCACUCAUGUCGUCGGAACUAUGGGCUAUAUUGCACCGGAACUCACGAGAACCGGCAAGGCGACCACCGGCACCGACGUCUUCGCUUUCGGAGUUUUCCUUCUCGAGGUUGCCUGUGGAAGGAAGCCGCUGGACCUAGGAGCACCGGAAGAGGAGGAAGUGUUGGUGGAUUGGGUGGUGGCGAAUUGGCAGAGAGGAGAAAUCCUCGAUUCAUGCGAUCGGAGAUUGGCAGGAGAAUAUCAAGUGGAGGAAAUGGAAUUAGUGUUGAAACUUGGUCUGCUCUCUUGCCACCCGUUGCCUGGGGCAAGGCCGAGCAUGCAGCGAGUGAUGCACAUACUGGAUGGCCAUGUUCCCCUGCCAGAAUUUUCUCCCAGUUAUCUGAGUGAUAGCAUCAUGGAGCUCCUUACUGAUGAAGGGUUUGAUGAUAAUAUGGCAUUCUAUCCAUCAUCCGCAUAUGUAACCUCAGAGGUUUCAGGAGGUCGCUGAUUCAAUGGGGAAACCUGUGUUACCGGCUUCUGAAUAAUUACCAAUGUUGUAUUUAUCUUCCUUUUCUUUUUCUUUUUCUUUUUUUUUUUCUUUUUUGGAUGGAAAUUGGAUUUAGAAUAUUGUGUUAGAAUUUUCUCGAGUAGCAGCAUUGAU